GUUGUUAUUCCACGAGGUCCUUUGAAGGCAAAGGGUCUGUUGUUGAGCUGCAUACGGGAUAAGAACCCUUGUAUAUUUUUUGAGCCAAAAGUCCUGUAUCGAACAGCCGUAGAGCAAGUGCCAUUGAAAGAUUAUACGUUGCCUUUAUCUCAGGCUGAAAUCCUCAUUGAAGGAGAUGAUGUUACAGUAGUAGGAUGGGGAACACAAGUUCAUGUGCUGCGUGAAGUGUGCCAACUAGCUCAGGAUAAGCUUAAUGUGUCAUGUGAGCUCAUAGAUUUGGUGACUGUACAUCCGUGGGACAAAGACACAAUUAUUAAUUCGGUGAAAAAGACUGGGCGUCUUCUUGUUGCCCAUGAAGCUCCUCUAACGGGAGGUUUUGGAGCAGAAAUUGCAGCCACUAUACAGAAUGAAUGUUUCCUGAAUCUUGAAGCACCCAUUCAACGAGUCACUGGCUAUGAUGCACCAUUUCCUCAUAUUUUCGAGCCAUUCUAUAUUCCAAAUAAAUGGCGAUGUCUGGAUGCCAUUAAGAAGCUCAUUAAUUUUUAACUUGCUAAGCAAAGAAUAAAAUAUCUAUUUUUUGUUAUUUUA